UAUUUUUUUUUUUCUUGGGCGCGUCGUUUCAUCCUAAAUACGUAGAACAUUAAUCAGGUUUUAUUGUUCGACAAAUUGCAUUAUAUCGAUAUGUCGAUACGUGAGUACAAGCGAGGGAGGAUUCUUAAUUGAACUAUAUCAACAAUUUUAUUCGAUAAAACUAUAUUCUGCGAACACGUAUUACGUCAUAUAAAAGAAUCCUGUACAAAUUAAUAUAUAUUUUUUGCUUUUGCCAUAAAUUACUUAUGUAUUAAACUAUAAUAUGCGGUUUUGAAUUAUUACGUAUUACAUAUUAUUAUUAUUAUUACGUAAUCUUGUGUACAAGUAAGGCUUUUGAUUUUAAUCUAAGCGUGUUUUUGGAUGAAAACAUGAUGGUUUGUUUUUUUGUAAAAUAAUAACGUAAACGAUUGUUUGACUGAAAUGAGACAAGUCAGCGUUGUAUCGACUUUGUCUGCACAUUCGUCUGCAUUAUAUUGUGAAAAUAACGAGGACCUAGAUAAGGAUCGCGACAUUUAUUGAUGCCCGUCGAAGAAGAUUAUUUUUCCCUGGCAUAUAUGUUGAAAUCUCUUAUCGGACCUUUUAUACUAUGAAGUAAUAAGCUCAUCCUCAACAAUAUGGCGAUGCAGUUAAGCGAAAGUGAGAAUGAAGAAAGUGUCAAGUGCAACGACACGGAAUUGCCGAGCGAAAUGCGUUUCAAUGACGGUCACCUCGUGACGAUAAUCACUUACAGCAUUCUAAUGAUAAUAUCGGCCGCCGGGAACAUUACCGUGCUGAUAAUGACUAUAAUAAAGAAGCGAAAAUCCAAGUCUCGUAUACACACUCUCAUAAUGCACUUGUCGAUCGCCGAUCUCCUUGUGACAUUCUUAAUGAUGCCGUUUGAAAUCGGAUGGUCGAUAACAGUAUCGUGGGAAGCCGGAGACGCGAUGUGUCGUAUAAUGGCUUUCUUCAGGAUGUUUGGUCUAUACCUUUCAUCCUUUGUAAUAGUUUGCAUAAGUAUAGACAGAUAUUACGCUGUAAUGCGGCCUCUCCAGAUACUGGAUGUUUACAGGAGAGGAAAAAUAAUGCUGAUGUUUGCGUGGAUUGGCUCCGUGCUGUGCUCCUUGCCGCAGAUGUUGGUGUUUCAUCUCGAGACGCAUCCGAAUUACACCUGUUACACCCAAUGCGUAACUUUCAACUUCUUCCCGUCAUACGUGCACGAAAUUUCCUACUCUUUAUUCAGCAUGUUGAUAAUGUAUUGGUUCCCACUCAUCGUAAUAUUCUACACUUAUAGCAGUAUUUUCAUGGAGAUCUGCCGCAGGUCCAAAGAGAAGAGCGAAGAUAAAAUACGUCGUUCCUCGAGCGGUUUUCUAAAUCGAGCGCGGGUACGCACUUUAAAAAUGACGAUAACCAUUAUUGCCGUAUUUAUUAUCUGUUGGAGUCCUUACUACGUGAUGAGUGUUUGGUACUGGUUCGAUCGAUCGUCAGCCCAGAAAGUCGACAAACGCAUUCAAAGAGCCCUUUUCUUCUUCGCGUGCACCAAUUCCAGCAUGAACCCCAUCAUCUACGGUAUUUUUAACAUACGUCAGAGAAACAAAGCAAAGAUUCAAUCCCAUCCCCUUUUGAGAUGCAUCAACACAACUAUGGAACUUCCAGUAGUCGCAUACGCCAAAGAUUCCAUUUUCACCAUUUUCGUAAUUGCCUUGCCGAUUCUCUUUAAUCCCUCGACUUCAUAUAACAGACGCUCAUCGCAUGAUCGUGGCGCCGAUGCGUGCAGCCACCAUGGAGACCCGGCUCACGCCGCUGUCUCUGUCGGUCAAGCUCCUCGAUUGACAAUGAACGCGACGUUCGCCAGAUCAAACAGAUGUGUCUAGAAGAAUUAACCGACGUCUCGGUGCGUAUUCGCAUCUUUCUAUGAAAAGGAGCAAUCAUGCAAUUGUGACUCGAACGACACAUAUUCGCCGUCCAUACGCGAUGCAAACCCUAUAUAGCAUCGUGUACACAGAACUAUUAAAAAAAGUCUUCUAUUUAUAUAUUUU